AUGGCUAAUGAGAUUGAGUGUUGGAGUGCCAUCUCUGGAGCUGCCAGUCUACUCUCUGCUCAUGACAUGGAAGAACGCCUCUCUGAGUUCAAGCUGGAGUUGGAUAAUAAGGAAGAUGAACUGAAGAUCUUGCAGACAAAGAGGACACAGCUAAAAGAACUGAUAAGAACCCAGCACAUAUACACUGAACUGCAGGUGAUGGCUGCAGAUCUGAGGCAGCGGAUUUCCCAUGCUGCAGAGGUGUAUGAUCAAACCAAAGACAUGUAUAAAGACUUCAGCUCCCAGAGGCAGCAGCUUCUAGAUCUAAUUUCCCAGAUUUCAGAGCAUCUGAAGACCUCGGAGGACUCACUAUUAGAGUUUUCAAAAUCAUCUGACCCAGAGAAUUUUGUUAAGAUCAAGGAGGUUGAGAGAGCACUGUGUGGAACCUACCCGACUCAGCAACUGACCCUGUUGGGUGACGCCGUCUCCCACCUGGUCAAGAGGAACGAGGAAGUGACACAAUGCUACAGCCAGAUCCUGGGGUUUCUUCAAUGGCUGUCUGAGUUGAGGGCUGGAAUUGAGGACUGCUUUGAGCAAACAGGAGAUGCAGUUGCUAUUUCAGCCAAACAACAAAAGCUCAAGACUGCAAUAGAGGAAGUCAUGGAGGGUGGAGAGUGCUUAUCAUGGGUUUGUGAGGAUGGAGGAUUGCAUCUCACCAAAUGUGGGACUGGAAGCAUACAGGAGCAACUGGACUCUUGUAAAUAUGCCUUGGAUUUAUUUGUUAUGGAAUGCCGACAGCGCAUACAGGCCCUGGAAGAAAGUGCCAAGCUAUUAAAUGGGUAUGAAAUGCGUGUGGUGGAGCUCAGCGGCUGGCUGCAACAGCUGGAGGAGAGACUGAAGACAGAUGCUCCUCUGUGGGGUCAGAGUCAGUCUGCAGCCCCCGAUUGCUCAGAAGAGCUUAGAAGAGUGGAGGAAAUCCACAGAGUGCUGCUGAUGAGGAGGGCAUCUCUUGAACGUCUGUGUCAGUCCUCUCUCACCAUAACAGAGUUGCUCUCAAAUCAUGAGGCUUUGCUGCAAGAGUACCAGGCAUUUGAGGAAGCACUAAAGGCAGUGGAAGCCUGGCUGAAGGAUGAUGAGAAGAACUUAGAGACACUGGAGAACAUGGAGGGGAAUAAAAAGGAGGUGGAAGAGAAACUUGAGCGAGCACAGGAUAUCCGGCUGAUGAAGGGAGAGGGCGAGGUAAAGCUCAAAAUGGCAGCCGGGAAGGCGGAGAUGGUCAUCAAGGACAAUGGAGAGGUGGAACGAGGAGUGAUUUGGUCUAAGCUUCAGGAAGUUGAAGACGCAUGGGCAGCACUGCUUUUGAAUGCUAUGAGCUGCCACAGCUGCAGAGAUGGCUGGAGGGAGUAGGGUUGGAGGUUAAAGGGUCUCCUGAGCACCAGCUUGGAGACUGCGCUUGCUGUCAUCAGAUGUGGAGGACAACCAGGGAGCUCUGUGCUAUCCGGAGGAGAGUGCGGCUGAACUUUACAAACGCACUGGAGACCCCGUCUUUAAGGAAGAAAAAAUGGUUCUCCUCGGGCCAAGUUUGAGGAUGUCAAAGCUGCAGCAGAGGAGAGAGUCAGAUUUUCAGAGGACGUUGGCCUUGAACAUAAGAAGUGCAUGGAAACAAUCAGGGAGCUCACUGAUUGACUAAUGGUGGUAGCAGGGGAGGAGCUUCAGCAACACUCUGACCCAUCCGGUGACCCUCCAAUCUUAAAUCAGAAAUUGACUGAAGUCCGGGUAAUUAAAUGAAAGAAUAUUAAAGAUAAAUUAAAUAUGAUCUCUUUAUAGCAUGCCAUACCACAGAAAAUGUUUUGUUCCUACUAUUAUUUUGUGUCUCAUUCAUAUUAUGUUUAAUAAAGUCCACCUCUGUAUAAAAUAAGCAUGCAAUUUAUAUAUAUUUCAUUCAAUUUUCAUAAUUCCGAAGCUUUUACACAUUAAUUAGACAAAUUCCUUUUUCAUGUGUGUUUACAAGCUUGUCUUCUCUCUGUGGAAAAUGAUAGAAAGAACCUUCAUAUUGUUUUCUCUCAUUUACAAACAUCAUCUUUCACUCUGAAUGGUGGGAAAUGAAAAGAACAAAUUCAUUCUUCGUAGCAGAUGAGAUGGUGUGAGACUGCACGACAAACUAUGUGAGAUACUGAUGAUAUGAAGGCAUAAUUGCAUUUCAUCUGCACAUAUGAUUAUGUGAGUGUGGGUGUAUAAAUAGAUAGAGAGAUAUGAGUUUUUAUUAACCUCAUGAGAGAAAUUGUACUGCAUCAGCUGCCAGUCACUUUUUUAGCAAAACCUGCCUUGAAUCGUCCCUCGUUCAUAAAGCAGUUUGGAGAAAAAUAAUUUUUGCUGACACAACGAAUUUAGUUGUAAUCGGUGGUGCACUACCAUCCAAAACAAAAGUAAUCCACUCACUAAUCCUCAGUGGCUCUGAUGUCAGGAGAAAAUGAAGACUCUACAUACAUACAUCCAUCUACAAAAACCUGAAUUGCUUAUGAGGAGGGGGGUUUAAAAAAAAGUAGUAAAUGGAUUUUUAUCAUUGUAAGGUGGUUGUGUCCACUCACUGCUAAGACACAUUAUAUGCAAACACCAUAUAAAAGUGAAUUUUGCAUCCGAUUUCCCCUUUACACUGUGAGUGUAUGUGUGUGGUCAAAUGUUUGAACGUUUAGGCUGUGUGAGUGCGGGAA